ACCUCACUUUUUUAUCUGUCAUAAAGUGGUCAAAAUCGCGAUUUUAUCAUUGAAAUAUCUCAGGAUUUACACUUUUCAUGCUGACACUURACACCUGAGCAAUUUUUCUUCGUAACUGUAUCAUGAGCAAAGUCAUUCUCGGUGGUGGCUUGAGUGGCCUUUCUGCUGCCUACUACUUGAAGAAAUUUUCACCAAACCAAGCCCUCACCUUAAUUGAAUCAUCGCCACGCACCGGAGGCUGGAUCAAGUCAAGUGUGCAGGAAAAUGGGGCUAUUCUCGAGCAAGGCCCCCGCACUAUACGCCCUAGGGGGGACGCAGGCGCCAACACUUUACAAUUGAUUGAAGAACUGAAUAUAAGUGACCAAAUCGUGCCUAUACCAUCCGGACAUCCUGCUGCUAAAAAUCGUCUCAUUUAUGCCAACGGUUCUUUGCAUUUGUUACCAUCUUCCUUGACUGGAUUGUUCASAAAACAAGAACCGUUUUCAAGGCCUUUAAUACUUCAUUUGUUGAAUGACUUAAAAGCAAGUAAGAAGGAAGUWAAGGAUGAAUCAAUUUAUGAUUUUAUUGGCCGCAGAUUUGGUAGUGAAGUAGCUGAUUAUUUAAUCAGUCCGUUGAUUUGUGGUAUUUGUGCUGGCAACGCCAAGGAAAUUAGUGUAAAAUUCUUGAUGAAACAACUAUUUGAAUACGAACAAAAACAUGGAAGUGUCUCAAAGGGACUUUUAACAAAUUUGUUCGCAAAAUCAAACCCGCCAAAGAAUUUGUGUGAAACCGCCCUUAAAGCUAGGCGUGAAAAAUGGAGUAUUUAUUCUUUUAAAAAUGGCUGUGAGACGUUACCAAAAGCCUUAAGAWACAACAUUUCAAAUAACGUAACCAUUAAACUAAAUACUAAAUGUACAGAAAUCAAAACGGAUCAAGACCGAAUAACACUAAGUUUAAAUAAUGAACAAAUUACAUUUGACCAUUUAAUAAGUGCAAUCCCUGCAAACACAUUGGGGCUUCUUUUACAAAAACAACAUCCAGAACUUGCCCAUUCUUUACAGAAACUCACAAAAAAUGUUUCAGUUGUUGUUGUUAAUUUACUUUUCAAGGAGAAUUUUAUUAAAAACCCAGCUUUUGGGUUGUUAGUUGUCCCGAAAGAAAAACUCCCAAUUUUGGGUGUUAUUUACGACAGUUGUUGUUUCCCCGUGCAAGACUGUGGAACAGUUUUAACUGUAAUGAUGGGUGGUUACUGGUUUGAGGAACACUUUGGGAAAAAUCCUCAAGAAAAAUUGUUGUUGGAUGUUGCUGUUAAACAAGUGAAACACAUUUUAAACACCGAUCAUGACCCUUUUGAUUACAACGUGAAUAUUUUAAACCAGUGUUUGCCACAAUAUGUUGUGGGUCAUGACGAAAUCUUACACCAGAUAAAUAGUUACAUAAAGACGUAUAAAUUACCCAUUUCUUUGUGUGGGGCCUCUUAUUACGGUGUAGGAAUCAAUGAUGUUGUUUUGUCUGCUAAAAAUGCCGUCAAGGAGUUGUAAUUUAUUUUAUACAUAAAAAAUAAGAUUUACAAAAUUUGUUUCUGACUUGAAGAUUAAAUAAUUUCAAUUAAUAAGAGCGUCUUUCCCUGAAAGUGAACAAAUAAGUCAGUUUCUUAUUAAUUAAAAUUAAAAGCAUGCAUAAAUCAAACUAAAUUCACAACCUUGUAAAUAAAUAAUAAAGUCCAUAUGCCCACUCCUGCUAUCAACAAAAUUCACUAAUAAAA